CAGAGCCCAAAUUCCUAUUUCAUGGAUGUCAAGUGCCCUGGCUGCUACAAAAUCACCACUGUUUUCAGCCACGCCCAGACUGUAGUGUUGUGUGUGGGAUGUUCGACUGUUCUCUGUCAGCCUACAGGAGGAAAAGCAAGGCUAACAGAAGGCUGUUCGUUCCGGAGAAAGCAACACUGAAGUGAAAAUUUCCAUUUGAGGAGGAGGAUGGGUAGGCUGGGCCACUUCCAGAGCUGGGUAUUGGGAUCCGGAGCAACAUUGCUUUACUUUGUUGGCAUCCGGGCAUCAGCCUGGGAGUGUCACUGCUGAAGUAGGAGGACUUGUGCCACUGUGCUGUGGCCUUGGCUCAUCUGCUUUAUGUAGACUUCCGAUCCUCUUGCUGGUAUUGAGUUCUUUGUUAGAAAUGUCAAAUAAAAUGACGUGAUGUAAAAAAAAA